UGACGCCAGAGCCGCGCCGCCCUCUGAGGCUGAGAAGAGCGGGAGGAGGUCGCGGCGGCGGGAAGAUGUAAGUACCGGGAAUCCGACCCCAUCCGAGCUUUGGGGCCCGCCCGCCAUGUUCGGCGGGGCGCAUCGUGGAGCCGGCCUGCUCCUUGGCCACGUGGUGGUGACGGUGGGGCCUGUGGCGUCGCUCCGGGUUUGAGAAGAAAGAAUGUGGCCCGGGGCGGGCUGAGUGGGAGGCGCCGAAGCUGCGGCCCGGAAGUGGUCGGGGCCGCGGCGGGCGGAAGGGCGCCCUCGUUUCCUCGGCUCUGCAGCGGGACCCGUGAGGCCCGCGGGAUUCGGAGCGGCCGGGAACUCGGCCUCCGCCGUCCGGGCCCUCUCACCGGGCUGGAGACCCAGGCCUGCAACGCCGGGCCCUGCCCUGGAAGCGCCCGCGGCCCGGCUCCUGGACUGGGGAGUUGCUGCACUUUGGCGUAAAUUGCAAUCGAUUAGGGAUCGUUUCUCAGACUCAAGUUAGACGUGAGAGUUCAGAUAAGUGAGGCCGCCAUUGCUGCUUUGAACACCUCAGAAGGGGAGAAUGGAUUUAUCAGGAGUGAAAAAGAAGAGCUUGCUAGGAGUCAAAGAAAAUAAUAAAAAGUCCAGCACUAGGGCGCCUUCUCCCACCAAACGCAAAGACCGCUCUGAUGAGAAGUCCAAGGACCGCUCUAAAGAUAAAGGGGCCACCAAGGAGUCGAGCGAGAAGGAUCGUGGCAGGGAUAAGACUCGGAAGAGGCGCAGUGCUUCCAGCGGGAGCAGCAGCACCAGGUCCCGGUCCAGCUCUACCUCCAGCUCAGGCUCCAGCACCAGCACGGGCUCCAGCAGCGGCUCCAGCUCGUCUUCGGCUUCGAGCCGCUCGGGAAGUUCCAGCACGUCGCGCAGCUCCAGCUCCAGCAGCUCCUCCGGCUCCCCGAGCCCUUCUCGGCGCAGACACGACAACAGGCGGCGUUCCCGCUCCAAGUCCAAACCACCCAAAAGAGACGAAAAGGAAAGGAAAAGGCGGAGCCCUUCCCCUAAACCCACCAAAGUACACAUUGGGCGGCUCACCAGGAAUGUGACCAAGGAUCACAUCAUGGAGAUAUUCUCUACCUAUGGGAAAAUUAAAAUGAUUGACAUGCCUGUAGAAAGGAUGCACCCCCAUUUGUCUAAAGGCUACGCCUAUGUGGAGUUUGAGAAUCCAGACGAGGCUGAGAAGGCGCUGAAGCACAUGGACGGAGGACAAAUCGAUGGCCAGGAGAUCACUGCCACCGCUGUGCUAGCUCCCUGGCCCCGGCCACCGCCCCGGAGAUUCAGUCCUCCCAGGAGGAUGCUGCCGCCACCUCCUAUGUGGCGCAGGUCACCCCCGCGGAUAAGGAGAAGGUCACGCUCCCCGCGCCGUCGCUCGCCCGCGCGCCGUCGCUCCCGCUCGCCAGGCCGCCGCCGCCACCGCAGCCGCUCCAGCUCCAACUCCUCCCGAUAGGCGGGGCCCGGAGCUCCGCCCCUGCGACUCCCUCCCACUGCUCUUGUUGGUUUCCAGAGGGGUCACAGGGAAGAAAUCCCUCCCUCGGGGCAGGCUUCAAGGUGGAGGCAGCGAUCAGACGUUUCCCCAGCGGCAGGGUUCUAGCGGCAGGAGUGUUGUGGGUCUGGGGUCGUGCUUGUAAAGAUGCUCUCCAGUUUUCUAGCUAGAGCAAUUCCACGUUUCUAGUUCCUGAGAGUCAGUUUAGUGGCAGAGCCAGCAGGGGUGAGCAGGAGACUCCAGGUGGGGGGAUAACCCCAGCCUGGGAGCCCACUUUCCCAUUCCACAGAUGACCUGGGGCCGGUCUGAGGGCCCCACAGGAAACGCGUGCUUUUAGGCAACUGCUAUUCCUGUUAGCCUGGCCCAGCCUGAGUCCUCUUCUAACCUCUAGGGUCAAAUACCACCCCCACCCCC